GCCUAGAUGCUUAUCGAAUACCUUCGCAGGCAGGUUCCUCCCUCUUCAUUCACCGUCUCACUAACACUGUUCACUGGAGCUUACGUUGCCUGGGUAGGAAGGAUGCCAUAGUGAUAGAUCCUGCUGAGAGCCUAUAAAGUCACCUGAAAACUGUUUACUCUGUUUCUCCUUCGCUCCAUCUCGCGUCUUUGACUUCGUGGCUGGUAUCUAGCUGAUCUGAGGCAACUUCAUCAUCGUCCUACUGAUAGUCGUUCCCCCCGGAUAGCUCUCACCAUGGGGCCAUCCAGACGGGCCAAAGUGGUUCCAAACGCCUUUGCCGGUGGCUAUAGCCAGACAGUCAAGAAUCGGCUUGACAAGGUUGUUUUCCCGGAUAGAAUCAAAUGCGGAACCUGCAAGAAGUUUCGGUUCAUCGGCACUUUUUCUAAUAGACAGUUGGACAUUCUACGCCAUGCGGUAGUGGCCGAUGGAGUUUCGCCUGUUACCAGCGGAAUUGCCAGAUGCAGACAGUGCACCGGUCCAGGCAAUACUGAAUUGAAAUGCUCCCAGUGUGACCGUGUCAAAUCGAUUGAAGAGUUCGCAAAGAACCAGCGUCAGGAGCGUGAUACUGCGCGAUGCAUGAACUGUGUCCAGAAGCAUACGGAGACUGAACCUUUGAUCGAUGAAUUGAAGCAGAUCACCGGAGGCGAUGAUACUACUGCUAGCUCUGUUACUGCAGGCAGUAGUUCUAUGGCUGUCUCGUUCAAGCGGCUCCAGCUGACCGGUGCUCAUGAGGGAUCUGGUUACAGUGACGAUGAGGAUGACGAUGACGAUUUGUCCGUUGGCGGUGGUGUCUUCCUUGAACCUGGACACACCGACGAGAAUAGCAGCACCAACAAGGGCAAAGAGAGAGUCUUCACCGGCUACGAUCCUCAGGGAAACCCCCAUGUACUCACUCACCGUGCGGAGGCCACCCAGUCCUACGAGAGCGAAUGGUCUGUCUGGGGAGUCAAGAGCAAGGCUAGUAGAAGUGAGGCCGGUCCCGCCAGAGCUACGCCGAAGAAGGAGUCCAAGUUCGCGAAGAUUCCGCGCACCAUCUAUGAGAAGGGUGAACUGCCGAGCAUGGCCAUUCCCGACGCCAGCGGUGCGAAUAUUCCUUCUGACGAUGAGGAAGAAGAGAAUGAUUUGGACGGCUUUCUGUGAGCACACUUGAUAUUCCAGGGCAGAACUCAGGUGCAACAGUGAUUGUGAUCGUUUGAAGUUGAUGGGAUUAUCG